GUCCAUAUCAUUUCGGCCAGGCGAUUCAUACCCUUAUGACCACAAUCUCACAGCCUUGGCUAAUUUUCAAACCCCCUGAAGAGGAUGGGUGACAUCAAAGUGCCAUCGAUGAGCACCUCGCGGGAUCGCCAGCGAACCAGCGCACCAUCAGGCUCAGGCAGAUCUCGAAAAGAAUACCAAUUACCUAGUCAACCUCAGGGAUCUGAUAACAAGUUUAGGGUGGACAAAGCGGAUUCUGGCGGCGAUGAUUCAGAUUUCGGGAAAGAUCCGAGCCCUAAACUAUCAACCCGUAAACCUCCUUCUCGCCAGAUAGGUCUGCCACGAAGUCUCUCUCCAGACUACGCUCGCCUUCAUCCGAAAACUCAGGCGAAACAGAAACAGGUCAAAAAGGAGGUCAAAAGGGAGCUCUACGACGAGGAUGAUUUCGAGGAAACGAAGGAAUCACUCGACGAGAUCUUUGGCAACGAGAGCAUGGGGUUCAGGCAAGCCAAGUUGGCACACAUGCAGUACAACUUGGAUCUCGCCGUGAGGAGCGGGGGAUCUCGUACGCAACUCGGAUCGAGCGAGGAAGAGUCGAGCGAGAUGGAGUUCAAGCCGAGACCGAGCGCGGCCGCUGCGAAGAAGAAAGACAAGGCGCCGCAGUUACGGGAUAUCAAAGCGCCUCGACGCAAGAGAGAAUCGGUGGACCGCGGACUGGAGCUGAGAGAAGAUCGGAGACGACCGGACGAGAACGAGAAUAUCCUAUACCGUUUCCUAGACGCCGACCAGGAACUCGACCUGAAGAGCGGUCGAAAGAAAGGAAGGCCGGCGAGGGAGAAGACUGUGAGGGACGGCAAGCUCGUCUGGAAGGAUCAAGCUCUGAAACUGGAGAUGGACGAGAAGCCGGUGGUCAAGCGAGAAGCAGCAGAGAUGGAAGACGACGACGACCUCACUGCUUCAGAAGGGGAGUUCGAGGCGCUUCCAGCGGGUCCCGUCGCUACCGGAUUCGCUAUCCCUUCUAUCAAGCAGGAGCCGAUUGGAGCGAAGGAUGAUGGCGAGACCGACGACGACGAUACGGUCGACGAGGACGCAAUUCUCCCGCCUACCCUCCUCAAACCAGCCUCCUCUUCGCACAAACCUUCGAGCGGGAUCGAUCACGUCGAGGACGAGUUGGACCCGCCUAGCUCUUCAAUGUCUCCGCCCCCCGCCCCUGGACCAUCAGAGAUCGUUUGGGGAGAUCUUCGCGGUACAAUGGGUCAGAGGAGGGGGAAGAGCGGGAGAAUGCUCUUGCCCGGUCAGUCAGACGACGAGGACGGGAACGAAGCGGUUAGCUUGCCGGUGAUCACUAGCGGAACGGCGAUGCGGAUGAAGACGUUCGUCGCAAGUUCGAAAGGCAAAGAUAGGGCGAGGAAAGAGGACGACCAGGUUGUGCACGAAGAGGCAGUCGCCCUAGGCAUGAAGCCGGACUUUAGAUGUUCGGCUACUCGACAGCGGAAACGACCUUAUUCGCUCGACCCUGACCGACCCGACAUCGUGAUUCCCAUUGCGAUCUCCAGAUUCUUGCGAAGGUAUCAACGCCUUGGAGUACAGUUCCUCUACGAUCGAUACAGGGGGUUGAAAGUUCCCGGGGUCUGGGAGUACCCGCUAAAAGGCGGGAUACUAGGAGAUGACAUGGGUUUGGGAAAGACGAUUCAAGUCACGGCGUUCCUCGCAGCAAUAAUGAAGAAGACGGGGACUAGGCAGGACACUGACCAGUUCCAUUCAAGGAAAGACCAGGUCCGGUCUAGGUUAUCGAAGGGGGCUUCGAUCGGUCCUUUGAUCUUUGGCCCGACAGCUCUGAUUGUCUGUCCGACGUCGUUGAUCGACAACUGGUGUCGCGAGCUGGAAACAUGGGGAUACUUUUCGGUCGCCAGUGCGGAUGGACAACGCACGGAGAGGGGUCAAGCGUACAGAAAAUAUCAACAAGGCUUCCUUGACAUUUUAAUCGUCUCUCAUUCGAUUGUCGUACGCGAUAUCGAAACCCUAAGCGAGAUGUAUUUCAGCGUAAUGAUAGUGGAUGAAGCACAUGUCAUCAAGACACCUGGAGCACAGAAGACUAUCGCUAUGAAGAACAUCAAGGCAGGCAGCCAUUUUGCGCUCACAGGAACUCUCAUUCAGAAUCGAUACAGCGAGAUGUGGUCCGUGCUCGAUUUCUGCUUUCCCGGCGGCUUUGGAACGCAUCAGCAGUGGGAGGACACGAUUGGGCGACCUCUCAAGGCUGGUCUGGACCAUGAUGCAUCGGUCAAGCAGUUGGCCGACAAGCAAGUCGUUACGGAACUCGUCAGGGACCGGAUCCUCCCGACCGUCUUCAUAAGACGUACCAAAGCCAGCGUAGUACAGGAACUACCCGAUAAGGAGGAUCAGGUCAUCUUCUGUCCUCUCACUCCCGUCCAAGAAGCUGUCUAUGAGCGUUUGACGCAGAGCGAGCCUGUCAAACAUUUCUUGACGAGAGACAAGCCUUGUCCGCGACAUCGGGGCCAGAAACUCGGCCAGUGUUGUCAAAAGCCUGACGAGGACGACCUGAACUGGAAAGGAUUGGUGCUAAAAUACCUGACUUCGUUCCGAAAAGUCGCAAGCCAUGUCGGCUUGAUUUAUCCCUGUAAGAUGGCUAUCUUGCGAUCCCCGCCGUCAAUACGCGUCACUCAUAGCACGAAAGCGUUAUUUACUCAGACAAGGACGACAAGCCUGAGCAGCUCAAAACAAGUCGACAGCUGUUCGAAGAAUGUUUCCCCAAUUAUACCGAGGAACAAGAGGAACUCAAUACACUGGGUCCUCUCAAUACCCACUAUAGGAGUAUCAAAGCAACUCAAGCUGCGAUGGACAAGAAUCUCAGUGGAAAAUGGCUUCGAAGCCAAGAAUAAAGUGCUUAUUUUCAGCAACUCUGUACGGCUACUGAAGAUGCUCGAGUUCUGGCUGAACGUUGGAAACUUCUCGUACGAAAUGCUACAUGGUAGUAAUUCCACGGCCGAGAGGCAAAUGAGCGUCGACUCGUUUCAGAAUGGGGACGCAUUUGUCUUCCUGAUCAGCACUCUGGCCGGUGGUGUAGGGCUGAACCUGACAGCUGCCAACAAGGUGGUCAUCUUCGAUCCAUCCUGGAACCCUGCAAAUGACCUACAAGCGAUGGACCGAGCCUUCCGAAUGGGACAGAAGCGAGACGUGAAUGUCUAUCGGAUGAUUGCCACGGGGACUCUUGAAGAGAACAUGUACGAGCGGCAACUUAACAAGCGAUCGGCCGCACGAACCCUUUACGAAGGCACAGCAGAAGCUCGUCUACAUAAGGGGCACGAAGGGUCCAAGGGUGAUCUCUGGGGAGUCGAGAACCUCUUCAAGUAUACGAAAGGAGGUACCGUCACGGAUCGAGUAACCCGACUCGCUCAUGCCGAAGACGAAGUCUUGCAGAAGCUCAGUGGCGUGCUGCAAAACAAGUCGCAGUUGGACCUCGACGAUAUGAGGAUUCGGCCCACCGAGAUCGAUUACGGUGCAGGGGAUGACGGUGCAGUUGACGUCGAGGAGACGCAAGAUGGCCUGAAGCCUACGUAUGACGCAGAGAAGGACGAAAACAGGAUGCUGGACUUCCUGAAUCUUGACUUUCCCGGCCUUCGACGCCAACGUGUCGAGGAAUCCAAAGCGUCUGCGGCUGAACAACACAUCCAGCAGAACGCCCGAGAACAGUACCGCUUGAACAAGAAGGCCGGCGACGAAAAGGCCUUCGAGUACUUCAAGAGCGAGACGUAUGCCCACUCGGCGUUGCAGAAGAAACGCAAGUCGAUGGCGACGAGCGGGAUGGGCUCCGGGGAGGUUUCGAAGAAGGCGCCCAAGUUGGGCAAGGGAGCGAUCAAGACGAGUCUGAUCGACGAAGAAGACGAUUAGGGCCAGUAGCGGGCGAACGGGUCGGUGUUUCACGGACGAUGUGUGCAUGCACGGAAGGUCUCGCUCGGUCGAGAUGGACGGUCCCAAGCGCAAGGCGCCUCUUCAUUUGUCGCUCUCGGUGGCCGGACGACGUCGGUCGCCAUGGAGCUAUUUUCGUCGAUCUUCCGGUUGUCAGACUGCUACCGGGCCAGAUCACAUGUCGUGUCCCUGAGCGAAGCGGCACGGUACCAUAUAUUCUCUCUCGUCAUGAGGAUGACCAUAUCCAUUCAGUCUCCGCAGAAAUCCUGCUCAGGCCGGAACGCCGGAUGAGCAAGCGAGGAUCUGAACAGCGAGGCUUGGGUUCAUGAUUGUUGCUAGGUCAGCAAAGACGGGCCCGUAAGGUUUGCGGAGGUGGAAAGACAAGACGG